GCAUUCUACACCUAUUAUCACCUGCGGACCUUCCGACCACAAAAUUCACCAUCUUCCCUGUCUUUUCCAUCCCUCGACCUCCUCCGGCAUCUGGCCGGCCACCGCCAUCCCUCGGCUUCCUUAGGUUCUCUCUUGCAUCGUCACCUCCCGUAAUAGAUCCAGGUACCGGCAUCCUCAUUUUAGGUAGUUGACACCUAAAGGUUCUAUCAUUCAAUGAACCUCAUCGCCAUGCUCCAGUAUCCCCUCCUCGUGUGAUUUCACCUUCGCCAUCUCCACCCUCAGUUCUAGCACCCAAAAUAUGAAUCCAAGACCAGAAUACUGCUCUUGAAGUGAGUCGACCUACAUAGAUCUUGAUGUGAAUUUGAUGGCGAUGAUAGGUAAUCGACUUUCCUCUUCACGAAUAGUUAAGCAUCUUCCAUCCCUAGAUCUCCUUUGGUUCUCUCUUGCAUCGCCACCUUCCAUCAUAGAUCCAGGUAGCGACAUACCACACUUCAGGUAGUUGACACCCUUAAGGUUCUAUUAUUCGACAAAGCUCUUCACAUACUCAUAGCACCUGUCGACCACUUGAUACCAUGUUUAUCACAUCCACAACCUCGCUUCUAGUCACCGGGAACCUAGAUCCCCUAGUCGCCAUAACAUUAGGAGUAGGCUGACCGAUGCGGAUCUAGAUGUGGAUCCGAUGAGAACUCAUAUCCGACUUUCCCCUUCGGCAACAAAUAUGUUUUUUGAUCUUCCAUUAGUUCUUUACCAUAUCAAAAAUUCCCUUGGUCGCCAUGGCAUUAGGAGUCGGCUGACCUACGCCGAUAUGGAUGUGGAUCCGGUGAGAACUCAUAUCCGACUUCCCCCUUCGGCAAUAGAUAAGGAUGUGGAUCCGGUGAGAACUCGUAUCCGAUUUUCCCCUUCGGUAACAGAUCUGGAUGUGGAUCCGGUGAGAACUCGUAUCCGACUUUCCCCUUCGGCACCAGCGCGGCGCAUGGAUCAGCAGGAGGGCAGCAGGAAGCGUGCGCGGGGAGAGGAGGAGGAGGGGGACUCGCCGCCAGCGAAGAUGUCGGCUCUGGCGGCGGCGGCGGCGGCUGAUGCGCAGGCGGAAGCGGCAUUCCAUGAGGCGGCGCCGGCGGUGGUGGAGGGCGGGGAUGGGGAUGGGGAUGCGUGGAAGCCGCCGCCGGGGGUGUUCGACUUCCCGUGGCUGAGUUGCCACGGCGGCCUGGACGCCCCCGUCACCAGCCCCCUGGUGGAGCUCCGGGAGGUGUUCUUCCGUUCGGCUGUGGACGGGCACGUGGCGGCGGUGGGCGUGCCCGGCGACCGCUUCAUCGCGCCGCCGAGCAACAUGAUGCUGUUCGUCGUCCUGGAGGAGUGGGUCGUCACCGCCGGCGACGACGAGGUGGACCCCAUGUGGCGCGCCGUGCUCGAGGGGGCCAAUCCCGCCGCAUGACGCAACGUGGCGAUCGAGGUCAGCACGGAGCCCGGACCCCACCCGCCCGAGGUUCCGUCCGUGUCAGCGGCGAUGCGCUGACGUCGCUGGAUAGAGAGGUCGAUGAUCCUAGCUAGGAAGGAAAUCAUGGAUGCAUCUGACGAGAGGGCGUCCCGUUCUUGUUGCUUUGCUUCUUUCUCCUCGCUUUACUUUUCUGUGUGUAAGAUAAGAUGUUUCAGUUGUCAGUUUUGAGUUUAUGUGCGUUGGAGGGUCUGGGUCUUGUACUCUUGUUGCAGUCGCCCCAAAUCAAUAAAAACUUGAGCCAAGUUCGUGCUAGCAGUGGUUAA